AUGAACCUGCCAGUUGUUACUUUAAAACGUGGAUUUGCGUGUGAAUUUAAAAUUUUUGUGAAACCAAAUUACACUACUAAAAUCUGUUCGAAAGCCAAAAUUGUAUCAAAGUCGUUGCAAAGUGGUGUUGAAACAAUCAUUGAAAUAACAAUCAAAGGAGUCACACAAAUAUCCACACGACUUAAUCCUGAUUUAUUAAUAAAAGAGAAGAAAAUAAGAAAAGGUAAGUUUGGUGUUGUUUAUAAAGGGACUUAUCGAGGAAACGUAGUUGCAAUAAAGAAGAUAAGAGACUAUAAAGACAGCACUGAACUAUUUCUUGAAUUUGAAAAUGCAAUCAACAUGUUGGACAAAUUUCGGUGUAAGUAUAUCGUCCACUUCUAUGGGGCUGUGUUCGUCCCAAAUAAGAUAUGUAUGGUCACCGAAUUAGCACAAUACAGAAGUUUGAAAGAUCUAAUAAACCAUAAAAAAACAAACGAAAUUGAUGAGAAAAUGAUAUUAAAAAUGAUAUUAGAAGCUGCCAAAGGAAUUUUGUAUUUACACGAAAAUGGGAUAUUACACAGAGACAUCAAGCCAGACAAUAUCUUGGUGAUUUCUCUGGAUUUCAACAACAAUGUAAAUGCCAAACUGACAGAUUUUGGAACUAGUAGAAACAUCAAUUUAUUGAUAACAAACAUGACAUUCACAAAAGGAAUUGGAACACCGGUUUUUAUGGCUCCUGAAGUGUUAAAUCAAGAGAAGUACAAACAAGCCGCAGAUGUGUAUUAUUUGCAAUUUCGAUGUAUGAAUGCUUUGUAUUGGGAAAUGCGUAUCCAAAAGAAAAAAUUAAUUUAG